AGCCAAAGUCUUCCAAGCCGUGAAGCAGACAAGAGAAGGCGGGAGAUGGAGACCCAGAAACUGAGGAUUCAAACGGCCAGCGGCACCAAAGCUUUGACUCCCACACAAUGAGACAUUAAAACUCCACCCCUGUCACGCAUCAACUUCUACUCUUCCACCUAACCUAAAUAAAUAAAUAAAACAAAGACUAAUAAAGCAAUGAUCGAUGAUCAAUUCAAUGUUGAAAACCCACUGUCCCCUAGACCACUUCACAGUCCCAAAAUAAAAUUCAUCAUUCCAACUCUGGACCAAGCUACACCCAUUCCUUUCUUUCUUUCCUCCCCCUCCCCCUCUAUUUUCCUAUCUCUGAUAGGACCUCUUUGUCAUGUCGAAGAAGGCCUCCCCUGCGGUGGCGGCGGCGGAGGCCGCGGUGGAGGCGAUAGGCCUGGGGUACGACGCGGCCGUGGAUUUGAGGUUGAAGUAUUGCAAGAGGAGCAGGGGUGAUUCCAGGUUGAUUGUGAUUGAUAAUGAUAAGUGCAGAGACUUGGCCCUCCCCGGUGGGUUUUUGAUUCGGAAUAUCCCCAAAUCCAUCAACUGCGAUAAAGGCGAGCGGAUCAGGUUUAGCUCCGACGUUCUCCCGUUUCAACAGAUGUCAGAGCAAUUUAACCAGGAGCUAUCCCUUUCUGGGAAAAUUCCCUCUGGCCAUUUCAAUGCUGCAUUUGAUUUUAGCAGUUGUUGGCAGAAAGAUGCUGCCAACACAAAAGCACUUGCUUUUGAUGGAGUAUCCAUAACAACUUACAACAUUGCAUUAGAAAAAUCCCAGAUAGUACUGCGUAAUCAUGUUAAACAAGCCGUCCCAUCAACAUGGGAUCCUGCUGCAUUGACAAGGUUUAUUGAGAAGUUUGGUACGCAUGUUAUUGUUGGUGUGAAGAUGGGAGGAAAGGAUACAGUGUAUGUGAAGCAGCUGUAUUCAUCAACUCUUCAACCCACUGAAGUACAGAAACAAUUAAAAGAUAUAGCAGACAAGAGGUUUUCAGAUGCACCCGGAUCUUAUGGAAAAGUCUCAAGGGAAAAGUUUGAGAUCAAAGAGCAUGGGAUGCCCUUCAUGGACACAAGUACAUCUAGUGCUUAUUCAAACAAGGAGUCACAGGAUAUUACAUUCAUUUCCAGGAGGAGAGGGGGGAGCAGUAAAACAAAUCUUCCUCAUAGUGCAUGGAUUCCCACUGUCUCAUUUGAACCUGAUGUGAUCUCAAUGUCCUUAGUCCCGAUCACAUCAUUACUAAGUGGAAUUGAUGGGAGUGGAUUCUUGACACAUGCCAUUAAUCUCUAUCUACGUUAUAAGCCACCAAUUGAAGAACUUCAUCAGUUUUUAGAGUUUCAACUUCCAAAGCAAUGGGCACCGGUAUUUGGUGACCUUGCAGUUGGUCCUGAAACCAAACAGCAGAGUAACUCAUCCUUACGGUUCAGCUUAAUGGGCCCCAAGCUUUAUGUUAACACAACUCCGGUUGAUGUGGGCAAGAGGCCAGUUACUGGUCUGAGACUGUAUUUAGAAGGCAAAAGAAGCAACUGCCUUGCAAUCCACUUGCAGCACCUUUCAUCACAGCCAAAGACCUUUGAGCUCCAGGAAGAAGUAACCAGCAACGCCUCUCGUCUCUCCUCCGAUCGCAGAUAUCAUGAGAAGGUUCAGUGGAAGAGCUUCUCUCAUGUUUGCACAGCCCCUGUUGAGUCCCAGCAUGAGACCUCUAUUGUCACUGGGGCUCACUUUGAAGUCGGGGACUCUGGCCUGAAGAACGUCCUCUUCUUACGCCUCCAUUUUGCUAAAGUCAUUGGUGCCAACGUGGUGAAGCAAGCCCAGUGGGAUGGGUCCCCAAGCCUCUCACAGAAAUCUGGAAUAAUCUCAACCUUGAUAAGCACUCGCUUCACAACAGGCCAGAAACCACCUCCACAGCCAGCUGACGUUCACAUCAACUCUGCCUUGUACCCUGGUGGCCCACCAGUCCCCACGCAGGCCCCUAAACUUCAGAGGUUUGUGGACACAACAGAGAUGAUAAGAGGACCACAGGACCCACCUGGGUACUGGGCUGUUUCUGGAGCUAAACUCUCUGUCGACAAUGGUAAGAUAUCUCUUCGAGUCAAGUACUCCCUGUUGGCAGUGAUUUCACCUGAUGAAGAUGUUCCAAUGGAGUUUUAGAAACACAGCAGGUAAUCAUUCCAUGGCAAAGACAGAAACAGUACAAUUAUACCACGAAAAGGAAGAUUGAUCUUGGUUUUUCAGGUGAUCUGAAGCUGAGUUCAUUGAAGAAACUUAGGAAUGUGAAACUGGACAAUGAGAUUGGUUGAGGGAGAGUCCUUGAGGUGGUUGUAUAUAAAUUUUUGCUUUUGAAUCUAUGUUUUGACUGUGUUUUCUGAGUAGAUUAUUCACGCCCUUCUAAGUAUAUGGAGAAUUCUUGGUAUA